GUUUGAAGGUUGGAUAUUCUGGCUGCUUCUCACAGCCCAAAGCAUCGAGUGAGUGCGCUUGCCUGGAGAGGCGGGACCGUGACCCGGUUACACGUUAAACAGGCAAAGCUGUCUUCAUCAUUUCCAGACCAGAGGGCUAUAGGACUGCUUCGUUUUUUUUCUGUGAGAACCACCAUGUCUGACUGCAGGAGACAGUGGAACCGAGAGGAUGAGCUGCCGGUCUACCUGGCUGGACCGAUCACCACCGGGCCGAACCAGCGCAAAAGCUUCGGCAUGUUCAGCUCCGUGGAGGGGGCGUUUGACAGCAAGACCAUAGACUUCGACAGCUACGCAGUGGGGAGGAAAGGGAGCCGCACCCCGAGAAGCGGGAGCCGGGAGAGGCUCCUGGACACCGGUGACACUUUCGGUAAGACACCCGGUGAGGCUCGGGAGGGCUCGCGGACCGCCUCCCCCGGAGACAGAGGCGAUGCUCGCACCGGAGCCGAAGUCAGAUUUUCACCAGGAAACGAAAGCGCAAACGGAGAGAGUGACAGACUGCUGAUCAAAGGAGGGCGAGUGGUCAAUGAUGACCAGUCUUUCUAUGCAGAUGUCUACAUUGAGGAUGGGCUUAUCAAGCAAGUGGGGGAGAAUCUGGUUGUCCCAGGGGGCGUGAAGGUGAUCGAGGCCAAUGGUCGUAUGAUAAUCCCGGGGGGAAUAGAUGUCAACACUUGUCUGAUGAAGCCCUUCCUGGGCACGCAGCCCGUUGAUGAUUUCCUGCAGGGCACCAAGGCUGCACUGGCCGGAGGCACCACCAUGAUCAUUGACCAUGUAACUCCUCAGCCUGACGACAGUCUCCUGGAGGCGUUUGAACGCUGGCAGGAGGCCGCAGAUAAAAAGGCAUGCUGUGAUUACUCUCUGCACGUGGACAUCCCCCAGUGGAAUGAAACUGUCAAAGAUGAGCUGGAGCUGUUGGUGCAGGAGAAAGGUAUCAACUCUUUUCAAGUGUACAUGGCUUAUAAAGAUGUUUACCAGAUGACAGACUCUCAGCUGUAUGAAGCUUUUUCCUUCCUGAAGCAGUUGGGUGCCGUGGUAUUAGUUCAUGCUGAAAAUGGGGACCUGAUAGCUCAGGAACAAAGAAAAAUUCUGGGAAUGGGAAUCACCGGUCCUGAAGGUCAUCCUUUGAGUCGACCCGAGGAGCUGGAGGCUGAGGCGGUUUUCCGAGCCAUCACUCUUGGUAACCGUGUAAACUGCCCCGUCUACAUCACAAAGGUGAUGAGCAAGAGUGCUGCAGACACCAUCACUCAGGCCCGGAGGAAAGGAUCUGUGGUGUUCGGUGAGCCCAUCACAGCCAGCCUAGCCACAGACGGUUCUCACUACUGGAGUAAAAACUGGGCCAAAGCAGCCGCAUAUGUGACCUCUCCACCUCUGAGCCCUGAUCCCACAACUCCAGACCAUCUCCACACCCUGCUGGCCUGCGGUGACCUCCAGGUGGUGGGCAGCUCCCACUGCGCUUACAGCACUUCUCAGAAAGCAAUCGGUAAAGACGAUUUCACCUUGAUCCCAGAGGGAACCAAUGGCGUGGAGGAGAGAAUGGGCUUCGUCUGGGACAAGGCUGUGGCCAUGGGGAAGAUGGAUGAAAACCAGUUUGUUGCAGUCACGUCUACCAAUGCCGCUAAAAUCUUCAAUUUGUACCCACGUAAAGGCCGGAUAGCGGUGGGCUCGGAUGCAGACAUCGUAAUCUGGGACCCCGACAGCGUCAAGACUAUCACAGCCAAACUCCAGCAGUCGGCCUCCGAGUACAACAUUUUUGAAGGUUUGGAGUGCCGCGGCGGCCCGGUGCUGGUGCUGAGUCAAGGUCGAGUAGUUUAUGAAGACGGCAAGCUGCAGACUCAGCAGGGCACCGGCCGAUUUAUUCCUCGCAAGCCCUUCCCAGACUACGCUUAUCAGCGCGUGAAGUUCAGGAACCAGGUAAAAACCAAACAGGGUGUAACUCGCGGGAUAUACGAUGGUCCAGUGUACGAUGUUGUUCCCACUCCCAAAUACAUCACACCGGCUCCGUCAGCCAAAACUUCCCCGACCUCUCACCAGCCUCCACCCGUACGCAAUCUCCACCAGUCCAACUUCAGUCUCUCCGGUGCUCAGAUUGAUGACAAUGUCCCACGCCGCUCUGGCCAUCGCAUUGUAGCUCCCCCCGGUGGCCGCUCCAACAUCACCAGCCUGGGCUGAACGCAGCUGAUGUGGGGUUUCACCCAUCGAAUGUGUGCAGGUGUAUAUGUCCGACUGAGUUCGAGCACAUUGGCAUGAAUGAAUACCUUUGUAUUUUUAGGUACAAUAACCACGUGGUCUUCGCAGACCAUCAGGAUUGUAUCAAUUUAAUAUGGUCACACAUAAUAAGCACAUCGAUCACAAUAAUUAUACAU